CGACGAAAGAACCUCUCUCACGCUUGUUCGCGGAACUUCUUUCUCUACACGGGCUUAGAAGCUCUGAUAUUCUGUGUGAUUUCACUAAAGUGUCCUGAUUCUUUACACCUCUUAUAAUGAAAACCAGACGGCGCUCUUUAAGAAAAUCUCCACAGACUCCUGCUGCUACUGGCUCAAAGAUGUUCCACUGCUCAGAUUGUGGGGAGAGUUUUACUAAAAGUCAUCAUCUCAAAGAUCACAAGCGGAUCCACACAGGGAAGAAGCCAUUUUACUGUAGACAGUGUGGGAAGAGUUUUACUUGCCAGAGUCAUCUCCAACAGCAUGAGCGCAUUCACACAGGGGAGAAGCCGUUUCUCUGUACACAGUGUGGGAAGAGUUUUUCUUUUCAGAGUAAUCUCCAACGACAUGAGCGCAUUCACACAGGAGAAAAGCCUCAUCACUGCUCACAGUGUGGGAAAAGUUUUACUUUACAGUGUAAUCUCCGACGACACCAGCGUAUCCACACAGGAGAGAAGCCGUAUCACUGUGGACAGUGUGGGAAGCGUUUUACUUGCCAGCAUACUCUCCACCAGCAUUUGCGCAUUCACACAGGGGAGAAGCCGUAUCUCUGUGCACAGUGUGGGAAGAGUUUUUCUUUUCAGAGUACUCUCCUACAACAUGAGCGCAUUCACACAGGAGAGAAGCCGUAUCACUGUGGACAGUGUGGGAAGAGUUUUACCCAACCAUGGACUCUCCAACGACAUGAGCGCAUGCACACAGGACAGAAGCCAUAUUACUGUGGACAGUGUGAGAAGAGUUUUACUUGCCAGAGUAAUCUCCAACAGCAUUUGCGCAGUCACACAGGAGAGAAGCCGUAUCACUGUGGAUUGUGUGGGAAGAGUUUUACUAUUCGGAGUAAUCUCCAACAGCAUUUGCGCAUUCACACAGGACAGAAGCCGUAUCGCUGCACGCAGUGUAAGAAAAGUUUUCGUGACCAGAAGACCCUCCUCAGCCACCAGCAGAGACAUACAGGAUAGAAGCUGUACCUCUGCGGAUAAUGUGGGCGGAGUUAUACGCUUUCAAGUUCAUUAAGGACACACAAGUGCUCUAACAUAAAACCAUCAGACAUUAAUUUCUCAAGUUAAGAUAUGUGUUUUUAAUUUACAUUUUUUUUAAAGGGGAGGUAAAGAGACAUUCAGGCAUUAUACCAUAUUAUAUUAUUUGUCAUGGACUGUAGUAUUCUGUUGCAUGGGACUUUAUUGCUUACUCUCUGGAUUUUAGAAAAUUGAUGAUUUUAUGUUGUUUUCCUAUUUUUCUCCAAAUGCCACAGUGAGCACUGGCUUGCUUUAUGCCUUAAUGACAAAACCACUGGAGAAUUUUUUGACUCAUAUGGAAACCCUCCAAACUACGAACUCAUUCCUCGCUCAAUUAAUUAUUUUUUGACCAAGAACUGUUGCAAAAUAAAAUUGAACCCUGUACAAGUUCAAAACUUUACUUCAGUUUGCUAAAAAAAACAGUUUUUUCUGUGUCAUAAAGCUAAAGGUUAUUCAUUUAACCAUAUGUCUAUGUAUAGCAAAGAUUUAAAUAGAAAUGAUAAUGCUGUUGUAUUUUUUUUUGUUAAAAAAAAAUGUACCCUAGAAUAAAUAAAAAGCAUUCUUUA